UAAUUUUCCAGUGAAAAUUAUUUAAUAGUUAAACACACAUUACAUGUCAUCAAAAGGGCUCAAGGCCUACAAACACUGAAAGUGAUUAUCUAUUUUUAUGAAAUUGAAUUAAUAAUCAAUAACCCGUUUUGCAUAUUGAUCUUUUAGACACUAACUACACAGAAAAAUAGAAAUAUUCUCUAAUUCCCUCCCCAAUCACGUACUGCAACAAAACGGUUGAUUGUAGCAAACACCUGUCAGAAACUGUUAAACUGUCUGGACAAACACCACUUGAAUAGACUCAACUUUUACUCAGGUCUAGCAAUAUUUUUCUUGCAAAAUUGCAAUCUUUUAUUUUUGUAGUUAGGGAAACCCUUUUUUUUAAUUGUAUAAUUUAAUAUCAUUUAAUUGUGCAAUUGAAUAACACUGCAAUUAGCGUUUUUGCAUGUAUUAAGCGUAAAAUGAUUUAGCUUUGUAGGCUAUAUCACUGAUAAAAGCUGAAGGCUAUUUAUCUUGUCUGCUUUAUACUUAACUGUUACUGCUUUAGUGUUUUUCGUUUAUAUUAUUUAUUAAAAAAUAAAAAAACAAACAAAACAAAAGCAGCUCACAUUGUAUGUUUUGGAUAACUGCUGUAGUCCCAGCUUCUCCACGUGCGCUAACAGUGCCCUAUUGCCCCCAGCGCGCGCAAAACAAAGACUCUUUAGAAGAGCGCGGCACUGAUGCACAAUGAGAACUGACAAGGUACCUUGUUUCAGGAGGAUCACAAUUUAGUUUAGAUCUCUGAUCCGAAUUAAAUAAAAAAUUGUUUAAAAUAUAAAAUACUAUUAAAGUAAAAUUUUGAAUCUACCAGUUUAUAAAAAACAAACAAACAACAUAACUAAUUUUAAAAAAUUAAAAUAAAAACUAAAAUGGAAAGAAAUUGCCUCUAUAGAACAAACAUUUAAUCGAUUUUAAAUAUUUGAAAUAAACAUUUUGCUUUGAUAUUGUAGUGGACUGUCUUAAGUAGCUUAUUUUAAUAAAUAUGAGUUUUUUAGAAUAAUUUAUUUGAAAUGUAAACAUAAUAAUAUAAGAAACAAUUAAAAUUUCAGAAACAUUAUAGUACCUUGCCCUACGAAAAAUAGUAAAUAGUAUACUAUAUAUAAUGCUAGACAUUGCACAAUUAAAUUAAAUACUAGGUCUAUCAUAUUGUUAGGCAAUUACCAGCCAUUCUCCACUUUUGAUUUGUUUUAUUAUUAUUUUUUAUUAUUUUUAGAUGUUUCAGUUAUUUUAAAGUAAAACUCUCUCUGUCCUAUAUUCCUCUAUACUUGUUUGGUCCCAAUGAAUAACUAAUGCGUUUUUUUCCUUUGUAUCACAGGUAGUGUAAUUAUAGUGGCAGUUAAAAAAAAUAUAAAAAAGUUCCAUCUAUUCAUUACUCACCGUAAUAUAUUUAUUUUAUAAUAGUUUUCACCGAAGUUCAAUCAAUUUACAACCUCUUACGCACAACAAAAUCUUAACAGUGCGCCACCAGACGGCAGUAACUGUACUCGAUCGAUCGAUCGAUAUUUCAUCUUUACUCUGGUCUUUAUUGUUUUUUUGUUUUAUUGUUAUCUUAGUAAGUUUUAUAAAAUGCAACAGAAUAUGGUGUAAAACGGCUGUAGACUAUUACAGAGCAGCCAACCACACAAACCCAAACAGAUUUGUGAAUCAUUAUUUUCGACUGAUUUUGUACAUCAGCCUAAAGAUACAGGAAACAGUAAACUCUGGACACUGAAGGGUGAGUGACUCCAGACGUUUUAAACUCUCAAAGAGGGUAUUGCAGCUAUUACAGUUAGGCUAUUAUAAAGAAUUAGAUCGUAUCUUGUAAUGUCAUCUAAAUGGAUAAAAUCUACAAUUUGUCCUGUUGUUCAUUUAUUGCAACCAUUGAAGUGCCUCAAACUGCUACCUCAGUAUUUACUCCACUUUAGAGGGGGCGGUGUUGACCCUCCGUGCACCCCGCCUACUAGUUCAUUCCCCGUUGUCUACGUCACUCGACCGAACUCCAUGCAAAUCUCUCGUCGCUGGAACGCCAUUGGCCGCUCGCUCAUUUUAAUCGCUGUCAAAACGCAUCAUAUGGCCGCCGCUUUAACUAACUCUUCAACUCCACUAGGAAAAGUAACUCAAAUGCCCGUUCAAUUAAUGUGGAUGCGAAACGGCAGUUGGAGAGGACACUAAAUAGGCUACAGGAGCAAAAAGAAACUAACAGCAAACGCUUUGGAUUAACUGAAUUGCGCGUUUCAUCGGAGCUUGUGAAGCACCUGCUUCAAGCGGACUACUGAACGCCGAAAGUUCAUGCUUUUUCUCUGAGAGCUGUGAAGUUGUAAGCCAGUUGAAUGUAUAGCAUGAUGAUGGAGACGGACCUCCAUUCCCCCGGACCCCAAACCAACACGAAUCCGGGGCAGACAGGUCCAAAUUCGGGGAGCAAAGCCAACCAAGACCGCGUAAAAAGACCCAUGAAUGCUUUUAUGGUGUGGUCCCGGGGCCAGCGCAGAAAAAUGGCACAAGAGAACCCUAAAAUGCAUAACUCUGAAAUUAGCAAAAGACUCGGUGCUGAGUGGAAGGUGAUGUCAGAGGCUGAAAAGCGGCCCUUUAUUGACGAAGCAAAACGGUUGCGAGCCAUGCACAUGAAAGAACACCCGGAUUACAAAUACAGACCGAGGCGCAAAACCAAGACCCUGCUUAAAAAGGACAAGUACUCGUUGGCCGGCGGCUUGCUCGGCGGUGCGGGUGGUGGUGCAGGAGUUGGUCUCGGGGUCGGGAUGAGUCCUGUGGGGGUCGGCCAGAGGUUGGAGAGUCCUGGGGGUCACGGAGGCUCGACCAGCGCCGGCUACGCGCACAUGAACGGCUGGGCAAAUGGCACAUACUCUGGCCAGGUUGCCGCCGCAGCGGCAGCGGCUGCAAUGAUGCAGGAGGCGCAACUCGCUUACAGCCAGCAUCCAGGUAGUGGGUCGCAUCAUCACCACGCUCAUCAUCAUCACCCGCAUAACCCGCAGCCCAUGCACCGCUACGACAUGACAGCUCUACAGUACAGCCCCAUCUCAAACUCCCAGAGCUACAUGAGCGCCUCUCCGUCUGGCUACGGUGGGAUAUCGUACACGCAGCAUCAAAACUCCAGCGUUGCAUCCUCCGCCACCAUCGGUACGCUGAGCUCGCUCGUCAAGUCCGAACCGAACAUAAGCCCUCCUGUUACAACACAUUCCCGUGGACCCUGCCCCGGAGACUUGAGAGAAAUGAUAAGCAUGUAUUUACCGACCGGGGAGACCGGUGAUCCGUCUGUUCAGAGCAGACUGCAUGCCUUACCGCAACACUAUCAGAGCACGACUGCCGGAGUGAACGGAACUGUCCCAUUGACGCAUAUUUGAAAGAGCUAAAGGAAAGUGAUUGGUAAAGCGCAUUCAGAAACACUCCACCAAAAAUAUUUACCUCUUUUUUAGAACUACUGUCAUUGAACUACUUUUGUACAGAAUGUUUUAUGAUGUUCUUGUAAAUUAAAAAAGGUAAAUAUUGUUUCGAUUGCAUUUGGGAGAAGGACUGUAAUCUUAUAAAAUAUAUCACUUUCAGUGAAACAUUGUUUAAAUAUGAAGUAAAUAUGACAUCGUUUCUGGCCACGCCAAGAAAUAUGCGACAUACUGUUAUUCUUUAAAUAUUUAAUUUUCUGUGCAAAUUGGCUUUUGAGUUGAUAAUAUCAGAAGUCUAGCGUGAAUAACUCGAUGAAAUGCUUUUAAGAGCCCAUACAGAGUUCCCUGCUUAUUACAUUUACCAAAACGUUUGUAUACGUGAAUUAAUGUACCAGGUUUAUGUUGUAAUAUUUCUUGUAAAUUGUGAAUAAGUUUUAAUAUUUCAAAAGACUGGCACGUCACUGCUGCUGUACAUAAUUUAUGACAUGCAUUCUUGCCAGUUCAAAUCUUAAACUUGCGUUGAUUCAUGGUCUACAAAAUAAAAUUGAAGAGAAACUUACUCUGUUCUAAACUGGUUUUAGUUUUGUCACCUAAUUCUUCAUUUAAAAUGACUUUCAUGUCAUUAAUAAUGUGUUUGAUUUCAUCACGGUAUGUAGUGGAUCGUUCUCAUUUUUAUUUAAAGACAGUAAUCUGCAAAGAUUAUAGAAGGUUUCAUAUUGCUUUAAAUCUUUCAUGUUUAUUUUAACUUCGGUUGUUUGGUUGGUUCUACUGAAACAUUUGAAAGUUUCAAAAUAAGGCACAAGUUCUUUAAGGACAUACCCUUUCUGGAUAGUUUUUAACGUAAUUGAAACAUGAACAGGGUCAUUGCAAUAAAUAAUUAUUGGAACCUGUAGGAAAAUAAUUCUACAUUGGUCCAUAGGCCUCUAAUGUUGCUGUAAAGUGUGUGUUUGUGUGUGUGUUUGCGUGUGUGAAUACGUGAUAUAUUUAGGAUGUGAAACGAUUGU